AUGCUUUCUUUCGUAAGAAAGUAUAUUUCCACCUACUUUCUAAUUUUUUAUUUAAUUUUUCUCCAAACACUUGUCGCGAAUAAAGAAAUUUUAAAAGUAUCUGAAUUGUCAAAGUGUAAGAAUAAUGAAUAUUUUGAUAAUACGUUGCUUUCCUGUAUACAAUGCGAUACCAAGAAAAAUCUAAGACCGUCCGUCGAUCGAUCACGAUGUAUAUGUAAUGAAUUUAGUAAACAAAUUGGUUUGAACAACGGUUAUCCGUUAUGCCUGUCUUGUGGUCCUAACGCAACAAUUACCAUAGACGGGCGAGAUUGUAUUGCGUGUAACAAUGCAAUGUGUAGAUGUAGUACUAAUGAAAUACAAAUAGAUAGAAAUUUGGAUGGUACAUUAUUAAACAGUAUGUACUGUCUGCCUUGUCCUGCUAAUACUUAUCUAUCUUUGGAUGGAUUUAAAUGCUUACCCUGCAAUGAUCUUGAAUAUAAUUCGUACAUAAAUCAUAAGUAUUUGUCAAAAUAUUAUGCACGAAUACAAGAUCACUGUCCAUAUGGAAAUGCUUCAUUUUCUCAUGGAUUAGACGCAAAUACCACGUAUAUAAUAAAACUUAAAAAUCAAAGCAUAGAUAGUUACUAUUUCUCAAACGAAUUACAAUCCGCAAUAUAUUUUUGUAAGAGAAAGUAUAAAUUAGCGUGCGAACAUUUAUCAAACAUGUGUGCCCUGAGUCUUUAUAGUAAUAAAAUGGCUUGCACAUUAUUUAUGCAAAUACAACCACCUGUAUGGUUAUUUUAUAAUAAAAAUGAAACGACAACGGUACUGAAUACCAGACAGAUAACACAAAAAUAUAGUUUAUCAAAGCACGACGGUGACAGUACACUAAAUUUUACGUUUGUCACAUUUCAUUUAGAUGGUAACUUGAAAUCGAUCGAUACACCUGAUAUACCAUGCAAUUUAUUGAAAUAUAUUAGAUUUGGCGUAAACAUGAACAGGAAAUGUAAAUUUACGAUAAAAAAUUUAUUAAACGCAGAAGUAGAAUUUAUAUCUCCUUAUUUAACAUUUAUGGACAAUAAAAAGAUUUUAAUGCAUGCCUUGCCUGUACUCAUUAAAAAUAUUAACCAGAAUGAGAAUAAUAUAUUGAAUUGGCAAUUUGUGCGAAAAUUUUUCCUUGUUGAUAAUAUUAGUGGAUAUAAAACAUCAAAUUUCACAGAUAGUAAAGUUGAAAACGUUAGUACAUUAUCAGUAUUACGCUAUAUGAAAUCUUUAAAUGUUAUUAUUAAUAUUCAAAAUGCAGAGAAUAGGAACAAAAUAUUUCCACCUUUAUUAAUUGUUGAAUACACUGAAUUAACGCAUGAACAGAUAAGCAAAACUGCAGAAGUCACGUUAAAGUACAAGAUACAGUUUAUUUUGAAUGAUCGUAAUACCGAUUUUAAUUUUAAGAUAAUUGUUGGAGUUUUCUCAGCAUUAGCUUUAAGCGUUUCUGGCAUAAAAACAUGGAAUCAUAGUAAACAACGUUAUGCCAACGUUUCAUAUAUAACUGUACUAUUUUGGUUUUUUAUUUAUGCUAUGGGCGCUGUAGGAACUGUAAUUAUUUUGAAUCUGAUCAGUUUAUGUAUAUACUUAUGUAUAUUCUACAAAAGACAAACAAUCCCAUAUAUUCUGCUUUUUGAUGAUAUUAAUGAGAAGACUAUUAAAAUGUUUACUACAAUAGCAUUUGCUUUUAAAUUCAUAGAAAUGCUUGGAUUUAUUUGUCGGUAUUGGAAUAUCGAUAUAUUUUUUAUUGAUUGGGAGCAACCUAAACCAGCAUAUAAUCAAUUUAAAUACGACUCUCCAGAUAUUUCUUUGUACAAGUUACAGGCGAAUAAAUUAUCAGACAAUAAAUAUAAAUUUUCACAAACGACAUCAGAAAUGUUAAUAACUGAAUGUAAGAUAGCAGCAUAUAAGUAAGAUGAACACAGUAGUCAUAAUUGUAUUUCUGAAUCUUUUGCAGCUGAUAAACGCGAAGAUAAUUGUUCAGCUGCGUAUUCGAUAUUAAAAAAUUCUGCGGAAGAAAUAAGUAGGUAUAAUAAUUUUCAUCGUUUGCCUGUUAGUAUUUGGCGAACAUAUUUUAUUGCUAAUCAGUGGCUAGAGCUUCAAACAAAGCGAAAAAUAAAUGUAUUGGUACAAUUAGUCGCUGUUUUAGGUAUUUUUCAGAUUAUACAGAUAUAUCCAUGGGUUAUUACAAUACCAGAAUUAAUACCGAAAAUUCCUGAAGAAAAUUCGAAUUUUACUGUGUACUACACAAUGUGCACUUUAGUAUAUGUUUUAAUAUAUUGCAUUCAAUGGUUAUUAUUCACAAUAUUCUACGAACGACAUGUUACAAAUAGAAUGCAAAAAUUUAUAAAUCUAUGUUCGGUCGCAAAUAUCAGUGUAUUCAUUUUACCAUUUAAUUAUUAUGGUUUUUAUAUUCAUGGAAGAUCAGUACACGGUUAUGCAGAUACAGAUUUACCUACUCUAAUGAACGAUUUAGAGAAAGAGAAAAAUAAUUUAUGCGCGCAUAGAGGUCUUUUACCCGGAACGUCUCAACAAACAUUUAUAUUAUCUUUAGCAAAAACAUUCAAAAUUGUUUUUACCACACUUUCAAAACAAAAAAAGGUUAGGUCUAAUAACUUUCUAAGAACGUAUUUCUUUUCCACAACAAACUGGGAACAAAGUUUUGAUAGACAAUUUAAAUUAAAAGAGUUCUUAUGUAAAUUUGUGGAUCAUUAUUUCAAAGAUGUGGACUAUAUUAUUAAAGAACAACAUUUCUUUGAAAAAUUAUUUAAUACUCUAUUUUUACAUAAGGCAGAAAAGUCGAUCUUUUAUAUUGAUAAUAACCAUUCUUUCGACCAAGUAUUAUUUUAUGGCAACGAGUGGUUGUUAGCUACUUUUGAAAUGUCAAUAUUUACUUACAUGCUAGUAUUAUAUGAAGAUUGCAUAUUAGCUGUUAUAGUUACAGUAUCGAUAUCAAUGUUACUAAUUGCAAUUGUCAAACAUAACAGGACAAAGAAUUUAGGUAAUAAUAUAUUAUUAGACAAAACAUUUUUUAUACGAUAA